AUGAGUGAUUUUGAGAUUGUGAAGAACCCAGGCAAAGAAUACUUUGAUGAGCUUAUUAGAAAAGUAAGUAAAACGUGUUGUAGUUACCACUUAAAGUAUUUUUUGGGGUAAGAGACAGUGUUACGGAUCUAGUAUGAGCAUGAUCAGACCUGCAAAAUACGCCGGGCCCAAUUUUUUAAGUCGGCCCUCGAGGUUUUGUAUUUCUGUCCGGUCCUUUUAUAUUUGCUUUGGAUGAGGCCGUGGACCCGUUUCGGGUCAAAUUUCGAUGGGCUUGGGUGUUACGUGAAGGAGCGGGUAUUCAGCAAUAUUUUGGUUUAGUAGGAUCACGAUAGAGGAUCACGAAGAUUUUCAAUCGUUUCUUCCUGUGAAACCUUAAAUUUAGACAGGAGAAACAGAAGGUUGGGCUGUAACGGGCAACGAGUACGGUGAGUUCUACAAAGGCUUUGAUGAUGGUUGUAUUGCUAUGUAUUUGAUGAGAGAAAAAGGUAAAUGAGAUUGGAUAUGCAAGGCAAAAUAUUGUAUUUUAACAUUUCAGGCAACUAUUUUUUUCGAUUUUUAAAAUUAUGUUACAGUAACCUCAAUUUUGAAGCAGUUACAGAAACUAAUAAAGCAACUUUACAAAAAUGAUUUUAAAAUUGUAUUUUAAUUUUUAAAACUGUCUAUUUUUAAGGCAGUAACAAAUGUGUGUCAGCGGUGAUAACGGCCAAAUACCGUAGUUGUAGCUCUUCAGUUCAAGAUCUGAUAGCUGUUGGUUACUUCUAUGCUUGGCAAGAGUUUCGAGGCAAAGGGCUUGGUAUCAAAGUGUUUGAAGAAGCUAUGAAGCACACUGCUGAUUGUAAUGUCACUUUGAUUGGAGGUAGAUAAAAGUGUUUGCUUAUUAUUUUAUAUGGAUAUCUAAGCCGGGAUAAGGCAGGUUCUUUUGGAGAUGUCUUAUCUUCUCCUACUCGCUUCUCUACUACAAUAUCAAAAAUGCGCUUUACAACCUUAUUUUAGUCGAGGCAAUGCACCAAAAGUACGCAGAAAAGUGGGGCUUAAAGUUGGAGCCUGAGUUUACUAUUGAUUCUUACGACAUUAAGUCUGGUGAUGUUGACAUAAAGAAACUGAACAAAGCUGUAGAAGGGCUUACUAUGGUGUACGUCAAAGAUAUUGAUUUUGAAAAGGUUGUGGAGUAUGACAGAACAAUUGUCAGCGAUAUCAACCGGUCGAAAUACGUUAAACAGUGUUUGGUGGGGUCGGAACGACAGGUUGUUAAGGUUGGUUCUGCUGUUUUACUUGUUGAACUGGUUUUUUAAAUGUGAAGUGCUUAAUUUUUGCAAAUUUUGGUAAUAUAAUAUAAUGUGGAACUAGUUUCUGAUGUUUUACUGUACCGUAGUUUUCAUUUACAAUACAAUAAGUGCUCUAAACUUACAACUUUAGGUAGCCAUAGACUCCCAAAACAAAGUAGUCGGAUUUGGUCGUCUCUCGGAACUUUUGAACCGCACAAGCGCUUCAAUUGGCCCAUUUUACGCUGAAUCUCCAGAAAUUGCCGAAGCCUUGUUAUAUCAUCUUUUGGAGGAUUCAGAAUACGAAAAGUGGGAUUCAGUGAAGCCACGUUUCAUAUCUUCAAAUAAAAUGGCAUUGAAGUUGUACGAAAAGGUCUCGAACGGAAAACUUGAACUGGAAUGCAUUAUGCACUCACAGUUCAGCAAGCAGUUGAUCAAGGUGCCUGAGGACAAGGUUUAUGGAUUUUUCGAAUGCGGAUUGAGUUUUAUUUAA